AUGCCUACAUGCUUCUCCGACACUGUGUGGCAGGACACCUACCGUCAACGAAGUAGCACCGGCCGAGACGCAUGGCAAUUCACGGCUGUGGAGGUGUACGCGACGAAAUGGCGGCAGGACCGCACCUGGUACCCCCACGGCACAUCGAGCGUCUUCUUGUCUACCUAUUCGCCCAAGCAUGUGAACAUCAACGUAGCGCGCGACCAUUGGGGACUGCUCACGCUCUGCGGGUCGAUGGAGGAGCCGGUAAUCCUGCUACCAAGAACUAAAAAGACAUAUGCUAUCGGGGCCGGACCUAAACAUAGAGCAGUGCUUGAAGGCCUUCCUAUCAGCAGAAUCUUCCCAUUUGAAUCGUUCACAGCAUGUGUUGUGAGGUGGAACGGAGAUUCAAGUCGCGAUGCCCGCGUUACUAUUCAACGUGUCUCAGAAGCUGUUGUGAAGGUUGGCCAUAGGAUGCUUCGUCCAGAUGAAGUCUUCAGAUUGGAACCCGGCGAUAUGAUCAAAGUCGGAGACCAAGUCUAUGCGUACGAACUGCUGGCAGAUUGUGACGACGGUUACCGAGACAUCGAGGAGUUCUACGUUCGUUCCAUCGGCGCUCGUUCAGCCAAGGGAGGCCAAGGAGCUGUGUCCUUUCGAGAGAUACUAUAUCUUCCGCAGGCUUCAUGCCGCCGAUGGACGGAGGGCCCGCGCAUGGUUGCAGUCAAAUCGAUACGCCUGUACGGUGACGAGCGUUCGCGGCACCUCCGAGACAAAAUCAUUAGACAGGCAGGUUCGGAACUCUUCCUCGCGAAAACGUUGCACCAUCCCCGUAUAGCCUCGUUACGAGAGGCAUUUGUGGCAGAAGGCCUCACGAAGCUGGGACAAUUAGCGGAAACUACUUUGAGACGCAUAGCGUACCAGUUGUGCGACGCGCUCGCAUACUUGCACCACAAAGGCGUGGCACAUCUAGAUAUCAAACCAGAGAACGUAAUUUACCAUGAUGCUCUGGGGAUCACGAUAAUAGAUUUUGGUUUAUCACGUAUCAUGGGCGAGGAUGUCAAGGGCAUUGCGGGUACCGCCAGGGAGGACACUGUACAGGAUAGCUCGCAAUGGAACUCUCCUAGAUCAGGGUUAAACUUGAUUAGCCUGUUGGCGGAAGAAGACCGCACAAAACGUCUGAGCAUCACAGAUGCCCUGCGUCAUGCGUGGUUCUUCUCUCUACGGGGCAUCGAGCCAAGUCAUAGCUGGUAUCGAGACGCACCCUACAAUGGACACCUCCGAGAGGAUACGCCAAAGGAGGUCGUUCCAGCGCAUGACCAUCAGCUUGCCGAAUUGACCUUGCUGCGCACAACACAGUACACAACACAAAUCCAAACGGGAGGAAGUUGGCCCGAUGCUCUUUACUCCGAUCCAACCACCGUCUGGUGCUCUGCAUAUGAUAAUUCAUAUAUCAACGGUCAGGUCGUCUUGAUCAUCGACGAAUUGUCCUGGGCUCACGUAUUCUACGGUGCCUCCGUUUUUCCGCCUACGAAGCGCGAUGGAUUGCUCUCUAGCAUCCAGCGGGUCAACCCCAACAUCUCGACUGUAGAUGCAGUCUGGGUCCACCUCGUCGAUGGCGAUGAAGCCAUUGCGAAUGCGGGCUCUGCCCAGCGACGAAUUCUCCGCGAUCUUCUGGACUACGGCGACAACGACACGCUGGGCGGGACGGAGGACGCGCUCGAGGGCCAGCAGAACGUCGUAUAUGUUUUGCCACGCCCGGCUUCCAUCUCGCCUUGGUCAAGCAAGGCUACCGAUAUUGCUGGCAUCUGUUCUCUGGGCUCGCACGUUCGACGUCUAGAGCGAGGAAUCGCUUUUGUGUUCACGACGAAGGACGGGUCACAACUAACCCAGAACGUCGUCAACAACUUCUCGUCCCUCAUUCACGAUCGCAUGACGCAGGCUGUCUAUCUCUCCCUCCCCGAAUCUGAAACUAUCUUCUCUCAUGCACCUCCGAGACAUCUCCGGAAGGUCAGCCUCACAGACUCUGCCACAAAUCCUCGCGAUAGCCUCGUCAAGGCCAACGUAGAGCUCGGCCUCGCACUCGCCCCGGACGAAAUCGACUACCUCGUUUCCGCAUUCGUCUCUGGUCCUACGCCGAUAUCGCGCGACCCGACCGACGCCGAAUUGUUCAUGUUCGCUCAGGUGAAUUCGGAGCACUGCCGACACAAGAUCUUUAAUGCAUCCUGGACGAUUGACGACGUUGCAAAGGACAAGUCGCUCUUCAAGAUGAUUCGUAACACCGAGCAAUUGAACGGGACGGGCACCAUUUCCGCGUAUUCUGAUAACGCUGCGGUGCUGGAGGGUCAUCCCGCCCCUCGCAUUGGUAUCUCGAGCCGCGGCCCGAAUGAUCCCAAUCCAGGCCUGGAGAACGUUUAUCUUCUGACCGAAGAGGACAUGCCGAUCCUCGUCAAAGUCGAGACGCACAAUCAUCCGACGGCCGUCUCUCCCUUCCCCGGUGCAGCGACAGGUUCAGGAGGCGAAAUCCGCGACGAGGGUGCCGUUGGUCGAGGUUCAAAGCCGAAAGCCGGUCUCGCCGGUUUCUCCGUUAGCAAUCUUCGCAUCCCUGGCUACGUCCAGCCAUGGGAGGAAACCGACUUCGGCAAACCGCACCAUAUCGCCAGCGCGCUCGACAUCAUGAUCGAGGGUCCGUUGGGCGCGAGCGCGUUCAACAACGAAUUCGGUCGGCCCGCGCUCGCCGGGUACUUCCGCACCUUCUGCGAGGCGACGCCCGACGGCGACGUCCGAGGCUACCACAAGCCUAUCAUGGUGGCAGGCGGAUACGGCAACGUGCGACCGCAGUUCGCGAUAAAGUCGAAGAUUUCCGUCGGCGCCAAGAUCGUCGUUUUGGGCGGGCCUGGACUGCUCAUCGGCCUCGGAGGUGGCGCGGCAUCCAGUCAAGCUCUCGGUGCUUCUUCAGCCGAACUCGAUUUCGCCUCCGUGCAGAGAGACAACGCUGAAAUGCAGCGGCGAUGCCAGCAGGUCAUCAACUCCUGCGUGGACCGCGGCCCUUUCAACCCGAUUCAAAGUAUCCACGACGUUGGCGCCGGUGGUUUGUCGAAUGCCUUGCCAGAGCUCGUCCAUGACUCUGGUCUUGGUGCGACGUUCGAGAUUAGGGACGUGUUGGUCGCAGACACAUCCAUGUCGCCGAUGGAGAUCUGGUGUAACGAGUCUCAGGAGCGUUACGUUCUCGCCAUAUCACCCGAUCAGGAGGAUCAAUUCGUGCAGAUUGCUCAGCGUGAGCGUUGCCCGUUCUCCAUAGUCGGCGUUGCCACUGCUGAAGAGGAGCUCGUUGUCACCGACCGGUUGUUGAAGAACGACGUAGUUCAUCUCAGUAUGUCUACGUUGUUUGGCAAGCCGCCGCGCAUGUCUCGUAUCGACUCGACCCGGAAGCCGACGACGAAACCAUUUGAUACCUCCCUGGCGCAGUACUUGCCGUCAUCGGCCGAUCCCCAAGCGCGUCUUCAUGAGGCGGUCUCAAGAGUUCUGCGCCUUCCCUCCGUUGCCUCCAAGUCCUUCCUCAUCACCAUCGGCGACCGCACCAUCACUGGUCUCGUCACCCGCGACCAGAUGGUCGGCCCGUGGCAAGUGCCCGUGGCCGAUGUUGCCGUCACACGAACGUCUUACGGCUUCGAUGUCGUCGCAGGCGAGGCAAUGGCAAUGGGAGAGCGCACACCUCUGGCGCUCCUCGACGCACCCGCAUCCGCGCGCAUGGCUGUUGCCGAGUCCCUCAUGAACCUUGCCGCCGCCCACGUCGGCGACCUGUCCCGCGUCAAGCUGAGCGCGAACUGGAUGUGUGCUGCUAGCAAGGCUGGAGAGGGCGCGGCGCUGUACGCGGCGGUGCAGGCGGUCGGGAUGGAGCUUUGCCCGACGCUUGGCGUUGGCGUCCCAGUCGGCAAGGAUUCAAUGUCGAUGGCGAUGAGGUGGCAGCAGGACGCAGAGCGCCGGGAGGUCAGCGCACCCCUAUCACUCAUCAUCACGGCGUUUGCCCCAGUCGAAAACGUUGGCGCGACGUGGACGCCGCAGCUCCGUACGGAUGUCGGUGCACCCACCGUGCUUGUGCUCGUCGACCUCGCGGCGGGAAAGCAGCGUCUGGGCGGCUCCGCUCUCGCGCAGGUUUUCCGGCAGAUUGGCUCGGAGCCGCCCGAUGUGGAGGAUUCAGCGCAACUCAAGGCCUUCUUCAUUGCUACCCAGCGCAUUCGCACGGAGCACCCAAAUUUGGUACUUGCGUAUCAUGAUCGUUCCGACGGCGGCCUCUUCACGACAAUCGUAGAGAUGUCCUUCGCUGGUCGAGUAGGGGUCAAUUUGACGCUGGACCCAGUGGCAUCGUCCGAUCCGGUCUCUGCGCUAUUCAACGAGGAGCUUGGCGCUGUGGUUCAGAUUCGCACAUCCGAUGUGGACCUGCUCAAAGCCGUCUUCGCAGACGCUGGCUUCCCCUCCCAGCAUCUCCACAUUAUCGGCCAGGUGAACGCCGACGCUCAGGACCAGAACAUCACCGUCACCUCUGGGUCUGCUACCCUUUACUCCAGCACUCGCGAUUCGCUCCAGCAAGCGUGGGCCGAGACGUCGUAUCGUAUGCAGCUCAUUCGCGAUGAGCCACUCUCGGCGGAGGAAGAAUAUGCCCUCAUCUCUUCCCCUCAACACCGUGGUCUAUUCUACAACCUCACCUUCACUCCCCGACCGAGUCGCGACAUCUUCCGUCGUCCACGUGUCGCCAUCUUGCGCGAGCAGGGUGUCAACGGCCAGGUCGAGAUGGCCUGGUGUUUCACCGCCGCUGGUUUCGACGCGGUAGACGUGCACAUGUCGGACAUUCUAUCCGGCCGCGUAAGCUUGGAAGACUUCCGAGGGUUCGCUGCAUGCGGUGGAUUCUCGUAUGGCGACGUUCUCGGCGCCGGGAAGGGAUGGGCGCACUCGGUCCUUUUGAAUGACGUAGCACGAGGCGAGUUCGUCCGGUUCUUCGAGCGGCAGAACACCUUUGCCCUCGGCGUCUGCAAUGGAUGCCAGUUCAUGAGCCACCUGAGAGGCAUCAUACCCGGUGCGAGCCACUGGCCAAACUUCAAGACGAACAGGAGCGGCAGGUUCGAGGGUAGGGUCUCCAUGCUCGAAGUCGUGGACAGCGACGCGACCAAGUCAUCUGUCUUCCUGCAUGAUAUGGCCGGGUCGAUGCUGCCUGUCGCGGUAGCCCACGGUGAAGGACGAGCUGCUUUCCGCUCCGAGGAGGACUACGCCGCCGUCAGGCGCGCGAAUGGCGUCGCUGUUCGUUAUGUCGACGGCGACGGCAAGCCCACGGAGGCGUACCCCAUGAACCCGAACGGAAGCCCUGACGGAAUCGCAGGUUUGCAUGCGGCUGGUGGGCGCGUGCUUGCGAUGAUGCCACAUCCGGAGCGGGUGUCGACGCUGCAGAGCAACAGCUGGUAUCCUCAGGAGAUCAAGGAGCAGUGGGGGAACGUCGGUCCGUGGUUCAGGAUAUUCCAAAAUGCACGUAGAUGGUGUGGGUCUUAG